AUGCGGGACACGGAGCCCCCGCUGUCCCCGCCGUCGCCCGCUCCCGCUGCCGCGCCCUCUCUCGCGCCCUCUCUCGCGCCCUCCCGCCUCCGCCGCACGCUGCACUCGUUACGCUCGCCGUUCCGAUCCGGCUCGCCCUUCCACAUUGGCUCGAUCAAACGCUCGGGCUCCACUAAAGCCUCCGCCUCAGACGGAGAUAACGCGCGCGACGAACGCACGAUGCGUAAAAAAAUAAAAAAACAACGCGCCGACGCGUCUAGUGACGCCUCACGCAGCACCGACAGUUCACCGAGCGUCGACAAAAAGAAAAAGGAAAGUGCCAGUUUCAUUCGUCGGAUGGGAACCAUCGUAUCAGUUUCAAAGCCGCUUACAUCAUCACCAGAGCCAAUCAGCCCCAUUGCAGUGGAACACGCGGUUGCGACGCGUCCGUUCACUAAAGACGCCUGGAAGCGUAAGAUAAAGCCACCCGAAAUACCUAAGCCGGUAGAGGAGCCGAGUCCCGGGAGCGCUUUAAAGCGGCGAAUAGAGACUUCAGCUUGUCUUUCUGAUGACCACGACGAAGACGACGACGAUGACGACGACGAUGAAGAUGAGGGCGCGGUGGGGAGCGGGGGCGAAGUGGGGUCACUGGAAGAGGCGGUGGCGUUAGCGCGCGUGCGGCUCGGGGCCGGCGCGCACUCGCCCUCGCCACCGCAUUCGCGCGACAACAACGAAACGGAAGAGGAGGGGUCCGCGGACACAAUGCCGGCCUACGGAGACCUCAUCGAACCGGAGAACAAAGCUGGGAACGGCAGCGGACCGUCGCACGCGACACCAAGUACCGAGCGCCGGGAGCAUCUCUACAAGAUCCUGGUAAUCGGAGAGCUCGGUACCGGGAAGACGUCGAUUAUCAAGCGAUAUGUGCAUCAAUUCUUCAGUCAACACUACCGCGCUACUAUAGGCGUGGACUUUGCUCUGAAGGUUCUUAACUGGGACUCGAAUACAAUAAUACGCUUACAAUUAUGGGACAUCGCAGGACAAGAACGUUUCGGCAACAUGACCCGAGUGUAUUACAAAGAGGCGGUGGGUGCGUUCAUAGUGUUCGAUGUGUCCCGAGUAGCAACAUUCGAUGCGGUGGUGAAGUGGAAGAAUGACUUGGACACGAAGGUGCAGUUACCAGACGGAUCACCGAUACCCUGUAUAUUGUUGGCGAAUAAGUGUGAUCAACAAAAGGAGGGCAUCGUGAGCUCACCAGCGAAGAUGGAAGAAUAUUGUCGCGAAAAAGGCUUUGCGGGCUGGUUCGAAACAUCGGCAAAAGAAAACAUUAAUAUCGAAGAGGCAGCGCGCUCCUUAGUAAACAAGAUCCUCCUCAACGACAAGCUACUACACAAUAACGACAAGGACGGCGAAAAGUUUGGUCUCGACCAUAAGAUCGCGAACGGCGAGAACAGCAGAAAUGGCGGUGGUAGCGGUAAAUCCUGCGCUUGCUGA